AUGGAAAACUUCCGACCGCGCAAAUAUCAGAUCGAAAUGUUUGAGAUGAGCAUGAGAGAAAAUAUCAUAGCAGUGGUGAGCUUCUUGUCUUCAAGUGAAGGAAAUUCUGUAACAACUAAACUUAUACACACAGAUGCCGACUGGGAGUGGAAAGACCUACAUGUACGGCGUAUCUUACUCCUGGCCUUUUCGGAAAUAAUAACGACUUUCAGAGCUGGGAUGCGGAUCAUGGCAGAGCUGGAACGUUGCCACAGUAAUCAGAUUGUCUGGUUUCUAGUUCCGACCAAGGUCCUCUGUGGUCAGCAAUUCACAUGCCUGUCGCGCGACCUCCCUGCAGUGAGUAUGAGAACGCUGACAGGCGAAGACAGAGUCGAAUGGUGGAGCUCUCAGGGCAUAUGGGAUGCUGCACUUCUGGGAAUCAAAGUGGUCUUCUCCACCCAUGCUGUUCUGGCAGAUGCCUUAACCCAUGGCUUUGUUCAAUUGUCGCGUCUGGCUUUGUUGAUAUUUGAUGAGGCUCAUCACUGCAUGAAGUCGCAUCCAGGAAAUCGUAUCAUGCACGAUUUUUACAAAAGAGCCAAAAAGGAAAAAGGCGUUGGGGCCUUGCCAAGCAUUCUCGGCUUGACAGCUUCAGUUGAUCCAGCGAAAGUCCGGUGCCUUGAAGAAAAUCUGGAUGCGACUUGUCGUGCCCCCCUCGCUGAGCGCCAGGAGCUAUCAGAGCAUGGAUCUCAAACAAAGUUGACCAAAAUCGUGUACUCUCAAAUCCCUGACUCCGCAGAUCCCCCACCCUUUUUGAAGAAUUUGGACGAGGUUGUCAUGGGGUUGCGUGAAAGAAGCAAAUCCCAGGAGCUUCUCGCAAAUGAGACUGUGAAGUUUUCUAUGAAGGCCCGGAUGACUUGGUAUCAAUUGGGCAUAUGGGCUUCUGGCUUUUUCCUCACUGAGAUGCUGCGCCAAAUUGCCUGCAAAAGGACUGCUCAAGAAACUGAGCCCUCACGUGGGUCCGCGGUUGACGAGUUUUCGAUAUUUUUGAAAAGGCAAGCUAUAACCGAGGUCAAUGUCCAUCUCAUGGAACCAGGCAACAUUUCCAACAAGGUUGAACGACUUUUGUUGUUUUUGAAACAAAGAGCAGGCGCGAACUUUUCAGGAAUCGUCUUUGUUCGAGAACGAACAACUGCGUACAUUUUGUCGAUAUUGAUCAACACACAUCCAGCUACCCACGGUAUUGUCCGUUGCGCGCCUUGUGUCAGCAAUUCUAAUCGCCGGGAGCCCUGGGCAGUGUAUGGCUCCAUGACUUCAAAAAGCAGCGAAAAGGUCGUUGACGAAUUGCGCUGUGGGAAGAUAAACCUGAUUGUCGCCACCAACGUGCUCGAAGAAGGCAUUGAUCUUCCGGCAUGUCGACUUGUCAUCUCAUUCGAAAUUCCUGAUACCUUGACGUCCUAUAUACAAAGGCGAGGAAGAGCUCGACAGAGAGUCUCUGAGUUUGUCGUCAUGGAAGAAGAACAUAAGGCACCUUCAGCUUCGCGCCAAUGGAAAAGACUUGAAAAUAUGGUGCAGGAUAUUUGUUUGGACCAUACUCGUUGCCGCCAAGAAUUUGAGGUGGAAAAUGGUUUACCUGAGAAAAGGACACUCCAAUGUUCCCUAGACACAGGGGCGCUGUUGACAGCAGAGAACGCCCUACCUCAUUUGUACCACUUCUGUGCGACUUUGCGGAGUGAAAUGCUCGAUGAGAAGACCCCCUCUUUCUCAUGUCAGAGGAACCCAGACGGCCAAUUUCUUUCCACGGUCUAUCUACCGAGUGGGAUUGAUUCCUCGGUGCGGGUAGCGAAAGGACACCACUGGUGGGCCACAAAGAAGUCAGCGCUACAAGAUGCAGCUUUCCAGGCGGUUUGCGCGUUACACAGUCAAGGCCUCGUCAAUGACCAUUUUCUUCCGUUAUCUGACGAUGACUUCCGGCCUGGAUCCAGAGAGCGAAAAGACUCGACAGCCAAACUUCCCUCAGUGGAGAACUUCAUCAGCUUUUGGAACGACAUGCAAAGCCAAUUUCCCGAAAGAAAAAUGUACAGAUGUUGUAUUGAGAUUUUGGAAAAUACGGAGCCAAGGCCAGCUCUUGCAAUGGCGUUAUUUACAUCUGUGAAGUUACCAAUAUCGGCGAACGUGGAUUUGUACUGGGAUGAUCAAACGACAUUUACAGCAAGAUUGCAACCGCUCAAUCAGGCAGUAGUGCUCUCGCAGGCUUUGUGCCAUAUCAUCCAAAAAAUCACAGCCGUUUUGUUACAUUCCACCCGCGGAAGAUCAGCGCCAGGGAAGUACGCAGACUUUCUACCUUGCUUUACACCGGACCUCCCGUUGGAAGAACUAGAAGAUUGGCUCAAGACCUAUGAUGGAAGUUUCUCAGCCGAAAAGGGGCAAAACCAAACUCACCUGCUGUCACCCGAUGGCUUUGUAAGAAGCCCUGCACUUCACUUUGUCCCCCACGUUUUCCGGAGGUGGAAUCGAGACCCAGAUACAAAGAGCUUGUCAAUAGAGUGCCGGCAAUUUGAUAGAAGACGGAACCUCAUACAACGAGCCACACUGGCCCGACACAUCACUUUGCAAGAAUCCCAGAGAACAGUCUGCAUCCCUGCCGCACAGUGCACCGUCGACCUCUUGCCCUGGGAGCUGAGCCGAGCCAGCCUCCUGAUCCCGCCCAUGAUACAGCUCAUUCAUCGUCACCUGAUGGCACAGACCUUGCGUGAUAGAGUCUUCAAAGAUGCACCCGAAAUCUGCUUGGACACUCUUGCAGAGGCAAUCACAACCCCGGCUUCUCAAUGGGCAGUGAACUACCAGCGAUUGGAAUUUUUGGGCGAUGCGCUUCUCAAAUUCAUUGUCGCUACGGAUCUUUUCCAGAGACAUCCCCACUGGCACGAGGGCUACCUUUCGAAGCAGAAAGACCUGCUGGUGUCGAACGAGAGACUGACUCAAGCGGCGAUGACUGCCCACUUGGAAAAAUACAUCUGCAAUGAUUUCAUCACGCGGAAGCAUCGAGCCUUUUCACGGAAAGAAGAACACGAAUCGGAUCAGGUGAUACCAAAAAAGGUUUACGCUGAUGUAGUAGAGGCUCUCGUGGCAGUCGCUUAUAAGCAUGGUGGAGUAGCACUGUCACGAAAGCUUGUGGGCAUUUUUCUGCCAGAGCUGUCCCACAUCACGCCGAUGCAGAAGGAAUUGCCAAAGCAAAAUGGCCGAUUUUCGUCUCAUUUGGACAUGAAGCUCGACAACAUUGUCGGGUACAGAUUCACGAAUCGGUCUCUAAUCUGGGAGGCACUCACACAUCCCUCAUGGCAAAGAGACCAAUCAACCUCUUCCUACCAAAGGCUUGAAUUCCUGGGUGAUGCAGUAUUGGAUGUUCUCGUAACCAGAAUGCUGGAUUCCCAGUCUCCCGAGCUCACAGAGGGUCGAAUGACAGAGCUUCGAGCCGCCUUAGUGAAUGCCGACUUUUUGGCAUUCCUAUGUAUGGACUCAGCCAUUUCCGAGCCCAUUCACGCCACAGCAUCGACGGGCAGUCCCGAAGCCCUCAUUCGAACGAACAACAUCGCACUAUGGAUGUUGAUGCGACAUGACAAUCCCAAGAUAGUCGAACUCCAGACUGAAUGUGCGAAGCGGUAUUGCAUGUACGGUGGGGUAGUCAAAAGGAAGCUUGAUGCCAAUGAUUCAUACCCCUGGGGCGCGCUUGCUCAACUAGGAGCCCCCAAGUUCUACUCGGAUCUCGUAGAGAGCACUCUGGGAGCUAUUUUCAUCGAAAGCAAAGGAUGUCUAGACAAAUGCGAACGCUUCCUGGAGCGUAUUCGCUUGGUGGAUUACCUUCAGCGCUUUGUGAGACAUAAUGUUCCACUGGAGCAUCCCAAAAGCGCAUUGAAUCGUAUGACUGGCUCUGACAAAGCCGAGUUUGAGGUUCAGGAAACAGUAGAUGGGCUGCGCAGCAUCUCUGUUUGGUUGAAAGGCAAAAGGAUCGCCUUUGUUGAUCGGUGCCUAUCUCGGACUGAAGCAGCUGUGCGAGGCGCCGAUGAGGCUGUGGUGUCUUUGCGGUUACAAACUCAAAAUCAAUAG